GCCUCUCCGUGGGCUCCGCCCCGCCCCGCCCCGCCCGCGGGCUGCGGGCCCUUUAAAAGCGCGCUCGGCCGGAGCCGCCCCUUCUGUUGGCCAGGCUCUGGAGCUGCUGCCGCCUGCGGGCCUUGGCCAUGGCGUCCCCGGCCAUUGGGCAGCGUCCCUACCCGCUGCUGCUAGACCCCGAGCCGCCGCGGUAUCUGCAGAGCCUGGGUGGCACCGAGCCGCCACCGCCCGCCCGGCCGCGUCGCUGUAUCCCCACGGCCCUGAUCUCCGCGUCCGGGGCGUCAGAGGGUCGCGGUAGCAGGAGGAAUGCCCGGGGGGACCCGGAGCCCACGCCCCGGGACUGCCGACACGCUCGCCCUGUCCGGCCCGGUCUGCAGCAGAGACUGCGGCGGCGACCUGGGUCGCACCGACCCCGCGACGUGAGGAGCAUCUUCGAGCAACCGCAGGAUCCCCGCGUCUUAGCCGAGAGAGGAGAGGGACACCGUUUCGCGGAAUUGGCGCUCCGGGGUGGCCCGGGCUGGUGUGACCUGUGCGGACGAGAGGUGCUGCGGCAGGCGCUGCGCUGCGCUAAUUGUAAAUUCACCUGCCACCCAGAGUGCCGCAGCCUGAUCCAGCUGGACUGCAGACAGAAGGAGGGCCCUGCCCUGGACAGACAGUCUCCAGAAAGCACCCUCACCCCAACCUUCAACAAGAAUGUCUGUAAGGCUGUGGAGGAGACACAGCACCCGCCCACCAUACAGGAGAUCAAGCAGAAGAUUGACAGCUAUAACAGCCGGGAGAAGCACUGCCUGGGCAUGAAGUUGAGUGAAGAUGGCACCUACACAGGUUUCAUCAAAGUGCAUUUGAAACUCCGCCGGCCAGUGACGGUGCCUGCUGGGAUUCGGCCCCAGUCCAUCUAUGAUGCCAUUAAGGAAGUGAACCCUGCAGCUACCACAGACAAGCGGACAUCCUUCUACCUGCCACUUGACGCCAUCAAGCAGCUACACAUUAGCAGCAGCACCACUGUCAGUGAGGUCAUCCAGGGGCUGCUCAAGAAAUUCAUGGUUGUGGACAACCCACAGAAGUUUGCCCUUUUUAAGCGGAUACACAAAGAUGGACAAGUGCUCUUCCAGAAACUCUCCAUCGCUGACUGCCCUCUCUACCUUCGUCUGCUCGCUGGUCCUGACACCGACGUGCUCAGCUUUGUGCUCAAGGAGAAUGAAACCGGAGACGUAGAGUGGGAUGCCUUUUCCAUUCCUGAACUCCAGAACUUCUUAACUAUCCUGGAAAAAGAGGAGCAGGACAAGAUCCAUCAACUGCAGAAGAAGUACAACAAAUUCCGGCAGAAACUGGAGGAGGCCUUACGAGAGUCCCAAGGGAAGCCUGGGUAACCAGCUUACUUCCUGUCCUCUCAGUGCCCUCCAAUUUAUUUUGUUAAUUAUUUUGCAAUGAACAGUUAUUCUCAAGGCACCUCUGAUGUGUCCACCUGUGCCUGCCCAGCAGUUAACAGAUGUGGCACAAAGUCUCUUCCACGAAGUGUCUGUGCAGGGUUUGAUUCCUGCUAACCCACCACACCAUGGCUCUGGAGAUUUUCCGUCUGGGAUCAGAACUCCUGUGGAAUGACCAGUAUUUCCCCUGUUCAAUCUGCUGGCUUUUCGGAAACCAAAUGGUUGCCUCUCUGCUCACCAAACUCCAACCAAUCACCAGCUGGCAAAAAGGAAUGAAAGGUUUUAGAGCCUGGGUUUUUUCUCUGGAUUUAGUUCUGUUCCUUUUUCUUUUUUCUGCCACACAGAGUAUAUUUAUGGGUCAAAUGUGGCAUAUUCAUUUUAGCUAAGUCCUUGAAAGCAGGAAAAUGCUCGUGAAAGGACUGUCGUCCUUGCCCCCAAGGUGCCUCCUCUUCUCUUGUGCUAGACCCUCGGUCAGCCUGAGAUUCCAGAAGCGACAUCUCUCACUGCCCAGCAGGCCGCAUGCUGCAAACACAGACACACACACACACAUCUGUGUGGGACUUCGGCAUGUCUCUUCCAGUGUUGCUAUGCUGAAAUCUUAACUUAAUGUUGCCAUUCUUAUGGGUUUCUACCAAAGAGAAACCAGCCAUUGACUUAUCAAUUUUAGUUUCCUGCUGAGUCGCCAGAAGUAUUACAGCAAAGCACAUCCAAGCCGCUCGUGGCCUGUGCCUGCAGUGGGGGCCUCUCCUUGGCCUUCAGUUCCACCUCCGUCCUCCAACUUGGGCUUUAGGGUCUCCAGCUGUUGCCUGAGUAGUAGCUUUGAUUACAGUGGUAAGGUCCUCCAACUUGGGAGUCCUUUCUGGUGGGAAGCAUGGUCUGCUCACACAGCAUGGGCAAACCUGUGGGCCUGACUUUCCUGGUGACUUCAGUGCCUUUUUGUUUUCAGAGAAAAGAGCAGGGCAUGUUUGCUUGUAGCUCUCCUGCUGGCUUGCCCCAGCAGGAAGUAGGUGCUAUAGAGCAAGGACAGGAGGUUUCUCAGAGCACAGGGCGACGAUCACACACCUCUUUCCCAUCAAACUUCCUGAUCAGGCUUUGACUUUGAAGAUUCGAAAUUAUUAGACUGCACUGACAGCAUCAGAUUAGGACUCCAACUCUUGACUAAUUCAAACUUAAAACAAAUUAGCCAGACUAUACCACCCAGUAGCCAGGACACAAAGACGCUCAAUAUGGAGGGAGAAAAACUUGUCCUUUUAGAAGAAGGCCAGUGUUCCAAUCGAGCCUCCAGAGGAGACCGCUUUCAUGUUGUGCUUGCCUUUCCACACCCCUCGGGUUGUUUUAAGCCCAAGCUUCUCUGUGUAGCCUAAAAAGUUCCCUCCCAGCCCAGGCUGAGGCCACAUUGCUCCUGUCCCAGAAGAAUGCCAAAUCCCUGUCAUUCCAAGUUUUCAGAGCUGCAAAAGCACCAUGAGCUAGCGACUCUGAGGCUGUGCAUGCCAUAGCCCCUGGCUCCCUGCCGCCUCAGGCUCAGCCUUACACUCCCCUCCCUUGAGAAGUCCCCUUUCUGCUGUGUAUUACAGGGACAUACGGAAACUCAUUCCCUUCAUCCUGCAUGUGUGUAGCAUUAGGAGAAGGCAUGGCUCCUGCUGCAAACACUGUGAAUGCUGCUCAGACCUCCCUCCAUGGAUGGCUAUUUUAUUUUUGACAAGAAAAAAAAUUCAUGUAUAUAUAAAAUGUAUAUACAUAUAUAUGUAUAUACACAUAGAGGCAUAUAGCUAUAUAUAAAGAAAAGGUGUUUAUUCAGAAAGGGAUGAUCAGAUUCAGACUUUAAAGCACAGUUAGACCCAGGACCUCUACUGAGGUUGAGCCGCUGGAAACGUGGAGUUCCUUAAGUCUCAGAGGGGUCUAACUGCUGGUAGUGCCUUCUAUGGUUGUAUGGCUCUGUGGUUGGUUGUUUUGAGAAUAUUUUCUUUCUAAAUGUUUUUCUUAUACAUGGUUUUUU